AUGGCUGCCUGGCCCCCUAACUUGGAAGAGGCAGGCUGGGAGCCUAAUCAUUGGGCCUAUCUUGCAGAAGGUGGUGCCAAUAUAAUUUAUCGCUACACAGGGCCACCUGAAUGGCCAUUUGUAAAUACAUUAGGCAAUGGGCAGUCUAUCGUGCUACGCGUAAAGAAAGAAGUUCCAGAACCUGAUGCGCAUGUUGUGCCGUAUCCCGAUGAAUAUCUCGAGAACGUCAUUGCGCAUCUACUUCCUACGUCCUCCCUUCCCGUCUUACGCAAAAUACCUGUGGAUGACCAACUUCGUACAUUCUUGCAGACAUUGGUUCACCAAAGCGAGCAAGUGCGUCCGUCGUCACGGCGCACUAAGUCAAAUAUUGAUUUGAGUGCUCCCUUUAUAUGGGCCAUGCCAGAUCUCAGUCGUUCUUCUGUGCCAGGAAGUUUUGUGGUCGAGAUUAAGCUUGUCAAGCUAUUGACAUGGUUAGGCGAGGAACCUGUGUUAACGUUGACGCGUCGCAUCAGCUCCAUAUUUAUGCAGCCUGCAAAUCAGGCAUUGUUGACAUCCAUUGUCCAAGCACAGCAAAUUCUAGACCCUAUGGAUAUUGAAGGCAUAGCGAAAGCAUGGGCGCAGGUUAUGCAGUGUAACCUAUGUGACGCCAAUGAUGAUAUGAUUCAGCCAAUCACACUACAAGAGUAUAAGGAGGCAGUGCUCGAGCCACCAGCUGCGCUCAACGAGCCCAAUGUACAGGCGCUACGGAAGCUGAUCGUCGCUCAUAUGCUCUCGGCUACUAUCAAAGAUCUUAGUCUGCUUUUUACAGUGACACCUGACUUACACCCUCCAUCGCGUUUCGAAGCUAAAGAGUCCAAGACGCUGGAUGUGUCGUCCUCCAUUGACCGCUCGAGUAAAAAUGCGAUGACAGAGGGUGAAUCUCACAACAGUCCGGAUGUGCCGGAGGGAUCCAUUCUGACCACUCUCCCUGUCAGCAUCUCGGGUGCUGAGGUGGCGGUGUACUGGACGAAGGAACCGCAGAACAAAUCAGUGGAGCAUGCGUUCAUCAUGGUUCACGGCAAGCUCCGUGACGGUGACCGUUACUGGACUAUUAUGAACGAUGCUUUGCAGUCGGCUGUGAAAGACAACUACAAGGGUGCUAACAACAACUCCGUUAUUGUGGCCCCUCAAUUCUAUUCCACCAAGCUGAACAAGGGUCAGUACUCUGACAAGACGCUUGCUUGGGGCGAUGUCAAUGCAUGGCAGGCCGGUAGCGUUGCGACGCACCCGAAGAAUACUCCUGCCUCUUCUGUGGAUGCCAUCGAUGCGAUUAUUGACCACUUCACGGACAACCAGAAGUACCCGAACUUGCGUAACAUUACUCUUGUGGGCCAUGGCGGUGGUGCUCAGCUGAUGAACCGCUACGCCACCGUGGGUAAGGACGGUCCUAAGAACGUGCACGUGCGCUAUGUCGUUGGUGACCCUAGCAGCUCUGCCUACUUCACUGAGCACCGCCCUGUUACUGACAAGUCGAUUGCCUCUAUUGACAAGUGCCCCGAGUACAACGACUGGCGCUACGGUUUUGCUUCGUACCCUGGUACGCUGUCGUCGAAUAAGUCGACUUCGGACUACUUUUCUCAGUACAUUAACCGUGACGUGGUGAACAUUGUUGGUUACAAGGACACUUUGAAGAAUGGUGACCAAAAGUGUAUGGCUCUUCUCCAGGGUGGUCAGAAGCGUCGCGACCGUAACCUGAGCUGGUGGCGUUACAUUAAUAUGCUCGGUGCUACGAACGAAAACCUUGAUGGUUUCCCGGGCAACUUUUCAAACUUGCCUGACUGGUCUCACCACAGCAACGGUGUGAUCAAGACCCGUCUAUGUGUCGUGGAGGAUGCCUCUCACGAUGCUGCCAAGGUAUUUGGCAGCAAGGAGGGUCGCUCUGCUUUGUUCAACGACUACGAUGUUGAGAUGGGCUGGCGUCCUCAGGGCUGGUCGUACCGUGCCUCGAAGCCUAUUAGCAACAAGAACGCCUCGAACAGCACGUCGAGCACUUCAUCCACGUCGCCGAGCUCUACUUCGUCCUCGCACAGUGGUGCGGAUGCCUCGCACCUACCUCAGCUUUCGGUGUCGAACGAUGCGUCGCGCACCAUGAUGACUGUCGCCAGUGUGCUGGCUCCUGCUGCCGUUCUAUUCAUCGCCAUGAUUUAA